AUGUCAUUCUGGCUUGAUAGAUGGAAGGGAGAUUCCAGUUUUAUGAAUUCUUUCAGGAGCUUAUAUAAUCUGGAUAGGCUGAAAAAUGCAAGUGUUGCUGAGCAUGUUUCGGCAGAUGGUUCUUGGAGAUUCGAUUUCAAAAGAUGCCUGUCACACGAUGAAGCUAACUCUCUGGCAGUUUUGUUGGAAAUCAUUGGUUCAAAUCCGCCAGCACUUGAUGAUCUACCUGAUACUAGACUGUGGCCUUUAACUUCAAGUGGUAUUUUCUCAGUUAAAUCAUUAUAUGCGGAGAUGAUCAGAGAUUCUGGAGAAGAUAACUUUCCUCACAAUUUUGUUUGGAUUUAUGAUAUUCCUCCAAAGGUGAAUUUUUUGUUGUGGUGUGCAGUCCAUGGUAAGCUAAACUCUCAGGACAUGAUACAGAUAAAAGGGAUUGAUGUUUACACCUCUUGCAUUCUUUGUGGGGAUUGCACAGAAUCGCAGGAUCAUAUUUUCAUUCACUGUAAGGUUGCUUAUAAGAUUUGGUGCUCUAUUAUGCCAGUUGACGGAUGGGCAUGGGUUUUCCCUAACACAAUGAUUAAUCUAGCAAGAACAUGGUCUAACAAUUUCCUAUCUGCUAAUGGAAAAAUUGUUUGGGUCCUUAUACCAACAGCUGUGAUGUGGGUUCUUUGGAGGGAAAAAAACUGCCGCACCUUCGAAGAGAAAUAUUUCUACAAAACGGAUGCAGAUCUGUGUACGGACGUUAAAACUCUUGUGCUGACUUGGGCUGCAGGUUUUGGCAAUCGUGUACAUUUAAAUUUCUCACAUACAGUUAGUAACUGGAGCAUGGUUUUUGCUUAG